GUCGGAAACAAAUUUGCAAAUUUCUCUAGGAACUUGAGAGAGAGAGAGAGAGAGGAUUAGGAUUAAACACGAAAUGGGAAGGAAUCCUUGUUGUUCUAAAGAGGGACUAAAUAAAGGGGCUUGGACAGCUCAAGAAGACAAGUUACUCACAGAUUACAUCAAAGCCCAUGGAGAAGGAAAGUGGGCAAAAGUUCACAGAGACACAGGGCUUAAGAGAUGUGGGAAGAGCUGUAGGCUUCGCUGGUUGAAUUAUUUGAGACCCGAUAUCAAGAGAGGCAGCAUUACAAAUGAUGAAGAAGACCUUAUCAUCAGGCUCCACAAACUCUUAGGCAACAGAUGGUCUUUGAUAGCUGGGAGACUCCCAGGGAGAACAGACAAUGAAAUCAAGAAUUAUUGGAACACCAUUUUGGCUAAGCGGGAACAACGGAAACCACUAAACCAUAGCAAAACUGCGAAAAAAGCAAUAACCAGAAAAGUUGAUGAAUCACAAAACACAGAUGUGAUACACAGCAAGGCAAAAAGUCCAUCCAUGCAUGGCAGCGUGGUGAACAGCAUUGAAGUACAUUCCAGAUCCAGUGAUGGGUUAUCACCAUCCACGUCUACAGAGGAAAACUCAUUGGACUUAUUGAUGGAUUUCGAUGUGGGAGAAAUAGGCCUUUCAGAUUUUCUUAAUUCCGACUUCACAAAGCUCAAUGAUUUUGAAAUGUUUAAUAUGAACAGUUUGACAGAAGGAGAUGUUAGCAAACCAGCUUUUGUCAGUCACACACUUUUGUCACCUAAGGAUGUGUCGGAGAAUUGGAGUGUCCAAGCUAGCAUGGACUCAGAUUUCACAUCUUUGGCGUCUUUUCUAGAAUCAGCCGAGGAAUGGACAAUCUAAAUAGUGUUGUUUUUUUAAACUGAGUUUGUAUGUAUUAUUGGUCAUGUAAACCUUCUAAAUUUCGAAUAAUUUCAUUAUUGCCUAGGGUGAGGCCACUAGAAGUAUUCAAGUUGA